AUGCCGCUGGGACCCGAUCGUCUGAAUUACCUGAACGACGUGAUUGAAUACUUAGAUGAAAUCUUUCGGGAAAUUAACCAGGGCUAUUUAUUUGAUUUUUUACCUUGGCUGAUUCCAUUUUAUACAACUCACAUAAAAAAAAUAAUGCACUGGUCAACUACUAAACGAAAAUUUAUAUUACAUAAAAUUGUCGAUUGUCGAGAAAGUAACAUAAAUUUAGAGGAACCUGACAAAGAUUUCACUGAUGCUCUGCUAAAAAGUUUAAGAGAAGACCAGAAUGUGUCCUGUAAUACUAUAAUUUUUAUGUUAGAAGACUUUAUUGGAGGGCACACAGCAAUUGGGAAUUUGGUAAUGUUGGUUCUGGCAUACAUAGCUAAAAAUCCUAUAAUUGGUGAGCUUAUAAAGCAGGAGGUAGAUUUUUAUUCGAAUUAUGGAGUAAAGAGUAUUAGUCUUUAUGAUACGAAUAAAAUGCCAACCAUGGCGGUAAUUUUAGAGGUUCUACGACAUUCAUCAUCUCCUAUUGUUCCUCAUGUAGCAAUGGAAGACACAGUUAUAUCGGGAUUUGGUGUUACCAAGGGGACAAUCGUUUUUAUAAAUAAUUUUGUAUUAAAUAUAAGCAAAAAAAACUGGAUAUAUCCUGAUCAAUUUGAGCCGCAGCGGUUUCUAGAUAUAAAGCAUACAGAUGACAGAACCAAUAUCUUGGUGGGACCAGACUCCAGUGCAGAAAAUGAUGGAUAUGGUUUUCAGCUUAAGAAAUGUAUUCCUCAUUUCUUACCGUUCAGUGUCGGUAAGCGCACAUGUCUUGGAAAAAAUCUGGUUCGAGGGUUCGGAUUUCAUUUACUUGUCCAUAUUAUAAAAAAUUACAAUGUGAAUAGUGCGGACUUUUCAAAAAUUAAAUUACAAAAAUCCAGUGUGGCCCUGCCAAAUAAAUGUUUUCAACUGUUAUUGCGCCCAAGAAAAUAA